CGCCUCGAGCGCGCGGGUGCCCCCCGCUGUUCUCGCGAGACUGGGAGCGGCGCUCGCGCCUGGUUUGAAGCUGGGGGCGCGGGAGCCGUGGCCGUUGCUGGUCCCGCGCGGCGGCGGCGUCCUUCUCCGGCGGCGGCCCCGCGGCUCGGGCAGGAGGCGCGGCCGUCGGGCGGGAGGCUCGCCCCGCUUGCGGUGGGUGCCCUCCCCGCGGUUUUCCGAGGGGUGGCCUGGUCGCUGUAGGGCUUGUGUGGGAACAGCGGCUCUGCCCCGCGGCCGGGCUGCCGAGCGGCCGCCAUGGGGGCGGACAAGGAGCCCCUGCAGAUCAAAGCAGCCUUUCAGCUGGCCCAGAAGCCCCACCAGAGCCACGCGAAGCUCGUGGAGGCUUUGAGGAGCGCCUACAGCCAGUUGGAAGAUAAGAAAGAUUUCCAUGAAAAAUUCGUUCAUUUCCUUAAGUAUGCUAUGAUAAUCUACAAGCGGGAACCAGCAGUGGAGCAAGUGAUCAACUUUGUGGCUAAAUUUGUUACUUCAUUUUAUGACAUGGAAGAGGGGGUUAGUACCGAGGAAGGAGAAGAUAAUUUGCUUCUGAAUUAUGUGUUCAACUUUCUGCUUGAGUCUCACAAUGCAAACAGCCACGCAGUUAGAUUUCGAGCAUGCCAGCUUGUCAACAAGCUUUUGGGAAAUAUGCCAGAGAAUGCCCAGAUUGAUGAUGAGUUAUUUGAUAAAAUUAAUGAAGCUAUGCUGAUUAGACUUAAAGAUAAAUUUUCAAAUGUGAGAAUUCAAGCUGUCCUGGCCCUGUCGAGACUUCAAGAUCCUAAGGAUGAAAACUGUCCUGUUGUUAAUAUUUACAACACAUUGCUUGAAAAUGAUUCAAAUUCUGAAGUGAGGCGUGCAGUACUGUCAUGUAUUGCUCCAUCAGCAAGGACUUUGCCCAAAAUUGUAGGUCGCACUAUGGAUGUAAAGGAGGCUGUCAGGAAGCUGGCAUAUGAGGUUUUGGCAGAAAAAGUUCACAUGAGAGCUCUGUCAAUAGCACAGAGAGUAAAGUUGUUACAACAAGGACUUAAUGACAGAUCAGAUGCUGUUAAGGAGGUAAUGAAGAAGAAACUGCUUCAAGCCUGGUUACAGUUGACUGAGGGGGAUGUUUUAGAACUCCUUCAUCGACUGGAUGUGGAAAACUGCAUUGAAGUGGCCAUCCCAGUACUAAAUGCAGUGUUUUCGUUAUCUCCACUUAGUGACUUCGUUCAGAACUGUAAAAACCUUGAUAGCAGGAAACUGAUUCCAUUGGAAGACUUAACAGCUGAGAAUGCGUUAUAUUGGAGAUCUCUUUGUGAAUACCUAAAAUCAAAAGGUGAAGAAGGUGAAGAUUUACUAGAACAGAUGUUGCCAGAACCUGCUAUAUAUGCAGAUUAUUUGUUAAGUUACCUUCAAAAUAUGCCAGUUCUUAGUGAAGAACAAAGAGAAGACUUUUCCUGUUUUGAAAAUCUGAUGACAAAAGAAUUUAUAGGUCAGCAACUGAUUCAUGUUAUAGGCUGCAUGGAUACCACUGAAGAGGGAGGAAGGAAGCAUCUGAUAGCUGUUUUACAAAAGAUUCUCAUUCUACCUACCACUUCAACAGCCCUCAUAUCUCUGCUUGUGGAAAGAUUACUCAGUAUCAUCAAAGAUGAUGAUGGAAGGAUUCAAACUAUUGCAGAAAUUGUCUCAGAAGUUCGUGAGCCAAUUGUUACUGUUGACCAGCCUGUUGAUGUUGCUGAAAUAAGAAAGCGACAGCUUAAGUUGGCUGAAAUUAAAGUGAAAAUUUUUGAAGCAAAAGAAGCUUUGGAAGAAUGCAUUACUCUGCAGGAUUUUAAUCAAGCAUCAAUAUUAAAGGAGAAAAUAACUGAGUUGGAACACAUAAAAAAUGACCUGAUAAAAGAAGGAGAGCAACCUGAAAUUAAAGAAAUGCGUGUUGAGAAGAAUGAUCCUGAAACACUGUUGAAGUGUCUGAUGAUGUGUUAUGAGCUUCUCAAGGUGAUGUCCCUUUCUAAAGGAAUUGGUCCAACCAUGAAUGAAAUAAUUGAAUCUCUGAUACUGCCUGGAAUAACUAAUGUCCAUCCGGCUGUGAGAAACAUGGCAGUUCUGUGUUUGGGUUGCUGUGCCCUUCAGACCAAAGAAUUUGCCCGACAACACCUUGCAUUGCUGUUACAGGUUUUACAAAUAGAUGAUAUCAAGGUUAAGCUAAGUGCUUUAAAAGCAAUCUUUGAUCAGCUAAUGUUGUUUGGGAUUGAACCAUUCAAAACCAGAAGAAGCAAUGAGUCUCCAAGUGAAGAUGUACAGAUUACAACUGAAAAUUGCGAGGAAGAAACUAGAACAAUAGAGGAAGAAGAGACUGCUACGAUUCACAGUCUGCUACAGCUUCUUUCUGGUUUCUUAGACAGUGAGUUUUCAGAACUUCGGACAGAAGCUGCAGAAGGCAUAGCCAAAUUGAUGUUCUCUGGGAGGCUAAUUAGUGCCAAGCUUCUUUCUCGUCUUGUUUUGUUGUGGUAUAAUCCUGUCACUGAAGAGGAUACUCGGCUUAGACAUUGUCUGGGAGUUUUCUUCCCUUUAUUUGCUUAUGCAAAUAGGUCUAACCAGGAAUGCUUUGAGGAAGCUUAUCUUCCAACUCUGCGAACAUUGUUAAAUGCUCCUGCCACUUCACCUUUGGCUGAAAUAGAUACCAGUAAUGUUUCUGAACUGUUAGUGGACCUGAGCAGACCAAGUGGACUCAAACCUCAGGCCAAAAAGUCCCAAGAGUAUCAGGACUUAACAGUGCAUGAUAGUUUGGCAAUGAAAAUUUGCAAUGAAAUUUUGAUGGACCCAACUGCACCAGAUGUUCGUAUUUAUGCAAGAGCUUUAAAUUCAUUAGAACUCAGUAAUUGUUCCACAGAGAAUCUUCUGCUUCUGCUGGAUGAGAUUCUAGAGAAAGUGAAAGACAAAUUGUGCCAAAGAGCUAUUGAGAAGAUCAAGAUAAACUUAAGCAAAGAUGCUAAUAUGGGCAAAGACCACUCUGAAAAGACAGAGGAAACGGGCUUCUCUGAAAGGACACAGGAAACUGACAUUGCAUUAACUGAAAAUAAUAGUCAAAAUGAAGAAGAAAAUAAUGAAGAAGCUGAUCAUACUCCAGUUAAUGAAUUUAAAAGUAAAGCAACUGCAAAAUCGAAAUCUACCAGAAACAAAGCUGGCAGAGGACAGCGAAAAGUAGCAGCAGAAGCUAGGUCUGUGAGCAGAAGAAAAAAUCACAGAACUGUAACAUCUGCCAGUGAAAGUGGUGAUGAAAUUCCAGAACCAGUCCCGAUGUCAAGUUCAAGGCCUUCAAGACGAGCAAAAACAGCAGCACUUGAAAAAACAAGAAUGAAUCUUUCAAGCCUUCUGAAUAGAGAAGCACAUACAUGAAGACAAAAGUAGAGAAAGUGUCCUAAAGUAGUUAGUAGCAGACUUGAAAAAUAAGCUUUGUUUUGUUGUUAGUCAAUUUAACUUCUAUGAUUAUGAUCAUUUAAAACUGCAGAUUUUUCUAGGAACUCUUUUAUUUUUUUAAUAGACUUUUGAUAAUUUUUCCCAAAUUAAGUGCAUCAUUCAUGUAAUAAAAAUCUUAUUCUCAGAAUAAAACCUGAAAAAACUCUA